AUGUCUAAUGAUCUUAAUCAAAAAGAAACUGUAAAUGUUCUAUUAGUUUAUCUUUUGCAAUUACAAUAUCUUGCAAUACAAUCCAUUGAAAACAAGAACCAUGAUCUUUUGGUAAAAAACAAUGGUAAUGAGAAGCUCUCCAAAAUGCCAAAAACUUCUGAAAAAUCUUCUGAGCUCCCUACAAUUUCCAAACAUGCUAAUGCAAAAAAACCCU